AUGUCCGACUCGACCGCCCCUGCAGACACCAAGGCCGCCUCGCCCGCCCCGGCCGACAACACGCCCGCCGCGACCGCGACCGAGACCAAGGACACCACCACCGCCCCGGCCGACGAGCCUGCCGCAGCACCCGCAAAGCGUGCCGCCGAGGACGAGCCCGAGCAGGAGUCGGACGCCAAGAAGGCCAAGCCUACCACCAAGGAGGACGACGCGCCUGUUGCCGAGACCAAGGACGACGACGAGGAGGGCGAGGACGUGUCGGGCGAGCUCGCGCACCUCGACCAAUCCAACAUCAUCGAGGGCGGCCGCCGCACGCGCGGCAAGAAGGUCGACUAUGCGGCCCUCGACGCCGGUGACGAGGCCGACGAGGAGGAGGACGAGGACGAUGCCGAGGUCAACGAGUCGGAGCUCAAGGAGCCGGCCGAGGGCGAGGGAGAGGACGAGGGCGACGAGGAGGAGGGCGACGACGAGUAA